ACUAUCGCCAUUAACCAAUAUUUGCUGUUAAUUUGUUUACGGGACGUUUAUUGUUCCAGCCCAACCCAGUGUGUCAUCAUCAACUGACAGCAACAUCUUUAAAUGCCAGCAAGCUUACACUAGAGCAGAUCACAGAGUAUAAAGGAAUUUUCGAGAUGUUCGAUGAAGAGGGAAAUGGAGAUGUGAAGACACAGGAGCUAGAGAGGCUGAUGAGUUUAAUGGGAAUCAAUCCGACAAAAAGAGAGCUCAGCCAGAUGGCCAAAGAUGUGGACAAAGAUGGUAAAGGGGUAUUCAACUGUGACAGCUUCCUGGGUCUGAUGGCACUAUACCAUGAAAGAACCAAGAACCAGGAUUCUGAACUCAGAGCUGCUUUUAAAGUGUUUGAUAAAGAGGCCAAGGGUUAUAUUGACUGGAACACACUGAAAUACGUACUGAUGAAUGCAGGAGAACCACUCAACGAGAUCGAAGCGGAGCAGAUGAUGAAGGAGGCAGAUAGAGAUGGAGAUGGAACAAUCGAUUAUGAAGAAUUUGUGGCCAUGAUGACCGGAAACUUGUUUAAAAUGAGCUGAAGACGCAAUAAAAGCAACACAUCUCACUUUGAG